GCUCCAAAUCCUUAAUUAAAUUGCUAGAGAGUAGAGACAAAGAACACAUUCUAUAAUUUAGAUUACCUUUCUGUCUACUAUAUAAUAUUAUAAUAUUCUUUUUGAAGCCUGGCCUAGGUGAUUGAUGUUGAUGAUAGCUCGAAGAACAUUCCCAGCUCCAUAUAAAUACUCCAUGAACUUAGCUAGCUGCAUAUUAUAGCUAAGCUUUAGAAAGUACAAAGCAAACCUCCCUUUCUUUCUUUCUUCCUUUCUUCCUUUCUUUCUUUCUUCUAUUACAACUUACUCCUGCUACGUACGUAUCUUUGAUCUGCAGAGGUUAAUUAGGGUUUCAGAAAUGGGACUAAAGGAGGCUGUAAUUCGAAGCUAUGAUGGUGAAGCGGAUAGAGCUAGAGUGGAAGACCUUGAACGAAGAUGCGAGGUAGGACCAACGGAGCGAGUAUAUCUCUUCACAGACACUAUGGGUGACCCCAUAUGUAGGAUCCGGAACAGUCCGAUGCACAAGAUGCUGGUGGCCGAGUUGGACAACCAGUUGGUUGGAGUCAUUCAAGGCUCGAUAAAGUUGGUGACGGUUCAUAAUAAGCCGCCGCCUAGAGAUCAUGAGGCCAAUCUGGCCAGAGUGGGCUACAUCCUCGGCCUGAGGGUCGCACCAUUCCAUCGUCAAAAAGGGAUUGGUUCCAGACUGGUGUGUUGUUUAGAGGAUUGGUUCGUAGCCAACGACGUAGAUUACUCAUACAUGGCCACCGAGAAAGACAACGAAGCUUCAGUCAGGCUUUUCAUUGAGAAGUUUGGCUACAUCAAGUUCAGGACCCCUGCAAUUCUGGUAAACCCGGUUCGUUGCCGGCCCUGCCACGUCUCUUCCAACGUUGAAAUCGCAAAGCUCAAGGUAGAAGAAGCCGAGUUUCUGUACAGAAAGUGUAUGGCUUCCACUGAUUUCUUUCCUCAUGACAUAAACAAAGUGCUUGGGAACAAACUGAGCUUGGGGACUUGGGUGGCCUAUCCAAGAGGAGAGUUUGGCAAUUUUGAAUCAAAUGGGCAAGCUCUACCAAAAAGUUGGGCUAUGAUUAGUGUAUGGAACAGCGGUGAGGUUUUCAAAUUGAGGCUAGGGAAGGCACCUCUGUCUUGUCUGUUGUAUGCAAAAAGCUGGAGACUGAUGGAUAGGUUUUUGCCUUGCUUUAAAUUACUGCCUUCCAUGCCUGAUUUUUUCAACCCUUUUGGGUUUUACUUCAUGUAUGGGGUAUACCAUGAAGGACCAUUGUCAGGGAAACUGGUGAGGAAUUUGUGCCACUUUGUGCACAACAUGGCUAGUACUACAACUAAGAACUUCUGCUGCAAGGUCGUAGUAACAGAAGUUGGGGGUUAUGACUCAGUACUAAGACAUCACAUCCCACAUUGGAAGUUGCUCUCUUGCUCUGAGGAUUUGUGGUGCAUAAAAGCCAUGAAGAAAAAUGAAGCAGACAGAACCAGCCUUCAUGAAUUGACUAAAACCCAACAAAUAAAUAAAGCUCUUUUUGUUGACCCAAGAGAGGUAUGACCGUAUGAGUGGUGAAAUUAUGAUCAACCCAUAGUCUCCUCGGUCUGCCUCGCGCUGAAUACCCCGCAGGCCAGGUGAAUAUUUUUUGUCUAUCUGGAUUGUACAUAAUUUUAUAAUUUUUCUCUCUCUCCAUCCCGAAUUCAAUCAUAAUAGUUUAUGAAGAAAGUCGAGAUUUGACAAGUACCUGAUCUUGAAUCUGUUAAAGCCUUUAGACCAGAAUGACGAUUAUUCUUUGUGAUACAGUUGUGUACAAUAAUAUGUAUAUUAUACUCGUUAUCUAAUUUAAGAGAGGCUUAGCUUGA